CCUAGACUGGCGUCUUGCAGGAGGCUCGGACUCGGAAUACAAAAAGGUGGACGUAGUUGGAUCGUCCGUGGCGCAGGCUGUUCCUGAAGGCACGGCCGAAAAGGCCAUUACUCGGGCAGAGCAAGGCGCGCAUUUGCUCUUUCCGUCUAAGCGCGACUUCGAGCAGCUGUGCGUCCUUGUGGACGCCUGCCUGCAGCUAGCUGCUAAGGGGCAUGCAGUGCCAGAAAACUUUCGUAGCAGGAGUUCAGGUCGAAAAUCGAGAGCCUCGGCGCGCUACUCGAUCUUUGGGGCGCACGUGGGCUCUGCUCAUCGGUCCAGUUCGGCGCCGAUUGCGGGACGGACGCGAGCCUCACGCUUUUUGCUUGCUGCGCCGGUUCUGACAUUAACGAAAGACGGAAACGACGAAACCAGCGUUGACUUCGCAGGCACCGGCGAGAUGAUGGCGCGUUCGAGACAGCCGCAGCGAAGGGUUGAAGAUGAGCAGGCUGCUCCGGGCCAAGGUGGUGGCACAGUGGUAGGCAGGUGCUUACCCUCCAGGACUUCGCUGGAGACCAAGGGGGCGCGCGAAGUAAGAGAAGAUGACGCCAACGAGGAUGAGCAAACGGACGAUAAGCUCACUUCACUAGGUGAUGCGGCCUUGCCAAAGGGAAAGCGUGGGCGUGCGUACUUCAGUAUUCCGCCCUCGUCGUCGUCAAGUAGUAGCUCCACGACAGACGACGAGGAACAACGGGCGCGGGAGUUGCGAGAUGAAAUUUCGCUGGCAAUCGAAGAACGCGAUCGUGACGUCGCCCGGCUGAGUUCCGACUUGGGCGCAGCGCGAGAAGCGUUGGGUGGCCGCGACGAGGAAAUCACGCAGUUGAAAAGGCGACUGGAGGAUUUGGAAGAGCAGCUCUACGACGACGCUGGGGAUGCGGCCGCCCUCAGCAACAAAAACAAUCGAGCUGCUGCGUUGUUCAAAGGAGUGGCUGGAGCAGGCAGCAAAGGUGCUUCCCGUGGGAAGGCCUUAGAUGCCGCGGAAGACGAAGAAAGAGACCCGAACAGCGUUGCUGCAGGAGAUGGCAGUGUCCGUUCUUCUGCUCUUCAUGAAGAGGGUGCUGAUGCUGACACGGCCAUGGACACUGUUAUGCAAGAUGCCUCCAAGCGCGAAGCGCAUUUCAUAAAGUUGCAAGCGGAUUUGCAUCGCGAGGAGCGCAAGCUCGCGCGUCAGAAGCUAGCCCUUGAAGAGGAGCAUCGACUUGCCGACGAAACCACGAGAAGCUUGGAGGAGAUCGAUGCGCAGCUGCAGACCCGGGAGAGCGCUGUGGCGGCGAAGGAGAAGGACGUAGAGACCGAGCUUCAGUUUCUCGAAGCGAAGCGUGCGGAGCUGGAGAAACUAGUCAGUCCCCGCGGGCACAGGGCUCUAGCUGCACAGCUUGAGCACGCGAAGCGGGAGUUGGCGCGCUUGCAAAUCGAGCGGCAGGGUGAGCGGACGGAAGCGGAGGAGCGGCGGGCGGCAAUCCGGGACCGCGAAAGUCAUGUAGAAGGUUUGGAAGCGGAACUCGCGCAGCUGAAAGAGGGGGACGUGGGAAGACUUCGCAGCGAGCUGCACGCGGAGCGCGCUCGACAAAUCACAGAGCGGGCGGCACAGCAACGGACGCACGAAGCAGAGCGUGAGCGAAUGACGGCAGAACUUUUCUCCCUGCGACGUCAGGUGCGCGCGCUAGAAAGCGACAAAGCGGAACUGCUGGAUCGCGUGACGUUUAUCAGCGAGCAUAGGCCUGAAGAGAGUGGAACGCGAC